CGUUCGUCUCUCCCGGCUGCUGAGGGUGUGGAGAGCGGGGCGUGUCCCUGGAUCCAGCGCCCCGGUAUUGAGCCAGCACCAACUCGCACCGGAGAGGAGGGGGGGAGCAGCUUCCAGGAAGCCUCUUCUUGGACAAGUCGCGGGGUCGCCCCCUGUUCGGAGCAGUCAUGGGAAUAGAAAAGGAGAAAGCCGAUGCUCGCAUCUUCAUGGACGAGGACGAGUUCAACCGCUCCUCUGCCCCCAUGAUCACUGAGAAAAGCUACGAAAGUGAGCCGGACCGGGACCCGCACAACCUGAACGGCCACCUGAAGCUGUCCUUCGAGGAUGUGAUAGCAGAGCCGGACAGUACGCACAGCUUUGAUAAGGUGUGGAUCUGCAGCACGGCCCUGUUUGAGAUCAGUAAAUACCUCCUCUACAAGGUGCUCACUGUGGUCCUCGCCAUCCCGCUGGCCUUCGUCCUAGGACUGCUCUUCGCCAUCCUCAGCUGCCUGCACAUCUGGGUUGUGAUGCCAUUCGUGAGAACCUGUCUAAUGGUGUUACCGAGUGUACAAGCGGUAUGGAGGGGCCUGACAGACAGCUUUGUAGCCCCUCUUUUUGCAAGCAUGGGACGCUGCUUUUCAUCAAUCAGCUUGAGAAUAGAUCGUCUAUUUUAACCAGUUGAUGCCAAGAAUAUAUCAGAGCACCUAGUGAUAAUACAGUUCAUCCUUCACUAAUAUGCUCGGUCCACACUUCCAGAUCUACUCCAGCUACGAAUGCUCGUCUUAUUCAGUCUGUCUACUGCGCAGCACCCUACUGGAACAAGAACAAAUGAAAGAGGAUAGUACUAGUCUUAUUAAAAUAUUUAUUAUACAGCACAGUGCCAGGGCGUUUUAUAGGAAACACAGGGCUGGGGCAUGGAGCUGAAAACUUUUGGGAUCCUUCUUCUGUAGAAUGAACCACAUCCAGUCAGCUCCUCUUUCCUCCUAAGAUCAAUGGGCCAGAUUUAUCAUUAGCUCAAGUCAGAAUAAUGGAGUGAAAAAGUCGCAAACUUUUGCGCAAUCGCCUAAACUGCGCAAAAAUUUGCGACUUUUUUCUGCUCUGCACUAUGCUCGCCAG